AUGAACAUGAAGCACACGAGAGGGAAAUCGCAAUUGACAAAUCUACGGUGUUGCAAGAUACCAAAGAGCAUUGGCAGUUGCAUUCUCGGUGCCAUGGGCCUCUGUGAACCUGUUUCAAUCCUACGUCGAGGCAGAAGGAAGACGAGACUGCUGGCAUCUAUGGGGCUGCAGUUGAGAGACAUCCAGGUGUUGUUUCUGGUACUGAUGGUUGUGGCUGAACCGUUUCUUCGCUGUGCCGCUGCGGCUGGUGGGGACAUGAUCCCCCAAACGAGAAUGACCACACCUGCAGCCGACGACGAUUCCUUGGUGACACUCACGAACUGCUUUCCCAGCGUAAUACUCAGUCCUUCAGCCCUCCCAUACACCUGCGAAGUUAACAAUGACGAAGCACUGAGUGGCUUGAACCUCUCCGCAUCGUACUAUCAUAAAGGAGACCUCAUCCCUGGCUGGCCGGCGACUCUUGUCGAGGGAACCAAUACCAUUACAUUCGUGCCUGAUCGUGGGGCGCCUUCAGGACGUUGGGAAUUGAUAUUCACAUCGUUUUCUGAAGUUGAAGCAACAAACGUUCCUACGACGACCAAUAGGAGCAUGGACUUCUUGGACAUCCGUGCGACCCAGGCGAAUUUUACUACACUCUAUCCGUAUUACGGUAUGGGUGUCUCGUGGGCACCCAAUCUCCCGAGUGGCACCAUGGCUUCCGACUACAUGCUGGUGCGUUCUUUCGAUGGCUGCCAGUACACUACAACAACCUGCACUGGCGCUUUGGGGUGUCACAGAAUGCUGCCACCCGCUCAUCUUCCCCCUCCAGGCAUCUACUCGCUCUGUGUGACGUCAAAUGGCUGGAAUGGCCAAUACCUUCCGUGGGAUUUGAAUUCUCUUGAGGUGCAGAUGUUGAUGGCCACGCCGCUGUACUUGACAGCUGGUACAGACAGAAAUGUCGUGCUGCAGGAUGCGGAAUCUGUGGUAAAUGAGUCGAGGCGUGUGUUCCUGGUGCUGUGCCCUGACAACAACUGCCCCCUUGUGACUACUGACAGUGGGGAAGAUGUGGUGCACCUUGAUGUGUGUGUUAACACCUCCGUCUCGUCGCGGGUGUACCUGUCCGACGAACGUGUGCUGUCUGCAGCACCUGGCGUGUACGCUGUGUGUGUCGAUGAUGAUUAUGGAGAGUACACUGCUCCCGCCGCGCUGCCGGUGACGGUGCUGCAGAAACCCUUUGCCUUCAAGAUAACUGCUGACACGGACAACAGCACUGUUAAGGUUGAUGUCAGUGGUGGUGACCUCGAGUGGCGCAGAGAGGCGUACACUGUGUGCGCUGUGCCCCUGAGUGACAGAUGUGAUUCCGUGUCUGUCCGGCCUCGUCUGUGCGAGAAGAGUAAGUUGCCGUGGUCACCGUCCGUGUUUCUGGAUCUCACCAACAGGGGAUUGCUUGUUCAGCAUGUUAGGUUCUGCUUCAUCGCAGCCAACAUAACAAUCGGAGGACGCACCUACACACAGAUGUUCGAUUCGUCGGAGGAUUAUUCGCCGGAGGAUUAUUCGUCGGAGGAUUUUUCGCCGGGGGGUUUUUCGCCGGAGGAUGAUGAUGAUGAGUCGACCACAGGAAUGUCCGCUGGAGUCAUUGCCGGGAUUGUCAUUGGAUGCAUCGCUUUCUUGAUUGUUGGGGUUGCCGUGUUCUACUUCUGCUACUGGCGACGAAGGCCGAGUGCGGGUAGGGGCGGCGAUUACCCUUCAGCCUCUGUGUUGGGGCAUGCGACGAAGAGGAGAAGCUACCCCGUGGGAAAUUCCCGUGUGACA